AUGGAAUUUAAGCGAUUAACUUCUUUUAAAUUGGACUACGCUCCACAAUACCACAUUACAAAAUAUAUAUCUCCAAGGACUAAAUUACAAUUGGUUCAUAUAAACCACAAAUCUUCUCCUUUAGUACAAGGUUACUUCGCUGUUGCUACAGAAUGUCCUACUGAUUCUGGUACGCCACAUACCUUGGAACAUCUAAUAUUUAUGGGUUCAAAGAACUAUCCAUAUAAAGGGUUUCUAGACACAGCAGGUAAUUUAUGUAUGUCAUCAACUAAUGCAUGGACAGCUACAGAUCAAACUGUAUAUACAUUGACUACUGCUGGUUGGAAGGGUUUUAAGAAAUUGUUACCUGUAUAUUUGGAUCAUAUCUUGAAUCCUACUCUGACUGAUGAAGCUUGUUUAACAGAAGUUCAUCAUGUCGACCCAGAAGAUCUUACUGAUAAAGGUGUUGUCUAUAGUGAAAUGGACGCUAUCGAGUCACAAAGUUGGUUCGUAACAAUGCUGGAGAAACAGAGAAUGUUAUUCCCUGAGGGGAGUGGUUAUAGAUCGGAGACAGGUGGUUUGACAGAAAAUUUGAGAGAUUUAACUAAUGAGGAAAUCAAAAAAUUCCACCAUGAUUUAUAUUCUUCAAGUAACCUAUGUUUAAUUAUUUGUGGUAACGUUCCAGAAGAUGAACUGUUAAAUAUCGUAAAUGAAUGGGAUGCAACUUUGCCAGAAAUUGAUAACAGUAACGUGAAGAGACCAUUUAUGGAUACUGAAAUAUCACAAAUUCCAGAGAAAAGAACAGAGACCGUUGAAUCAGAAGUAGAGUUUCCUGAAUUAGAUGAAAGUCAAAGUGAAAUUCUUAUGGCAUGGAUUGGUGAAAGAUAUAGAGAUUAUGAAAAUGAUUUAGCUGUCUCCAUCUUGUUAGAAUAUUUCACAGAAUCUGCUUUAGCACCUUUCAUUAAAGAAUUGGUUGAAAUUGAAGACCCCUUAGCAAACUCAGCCGAUUAUUGGACUGAUGAUUUUAUGAGAUCAAUCGUUAAUAUUGGUAUACAUGGUGUCCCUACAGAGAGAUUACAAGAAGCCAAGGAAAAGGUCAUAUAUAUUCUAAAGACACAUAAGAUUGAUAUCGAAAGAAUGAAACAAGUGGUUGAUAACAAUAAAUGGGAAUAUAUAUUGAGAUGUGAAAAGAAUGGUGAUAGUGCAUUAUCGCAGGCUGUCAUUACCGAUUUCUUGUAUGGGAAUCAGGACGGUUCUUCCCUAUCUGAGAGUUUGAAGGACAUUUCUGACUUCACAGCAUUAGCUGAAUGGUCUGUUGAAAAAUGGCAAAAUUUGUUGGAUCGUGUAUUUAUUAAAAAUAAGCCAGUGAUCGUUCUGGGUAGGCCAAGUUCUUCACUUUAUGAAAAAAAUGAAACAUCUACAAAGGAAUUCAUUAGCAAAAGAAAGGCUGAAAAUUCUCCUGAUAAUAUUAACAAGAUGAAAGAUGAUCUGAAGAAAGCAUCGUUGAAGAAUGAAAAGACUAUCCCUGAAUCACUCUUAUCAAAGUUUCAUAUAGAAAAUCCAGCUCAAAGUGUCGAUUUCAUCAGCACUGAAACAGUUGAGGUAAUGAAUAAAUCAUCAGGUAAUUAUACUAGUUGGAAUGAGUCUGUAUUCAAAAAUAAACCUAAAGAUUUUCCUCUAUAUGUAUAUGCUCAGCAUUUCCCAUCUCAAUUUAUCGAAUUCCACUGUGUAUUAGAUUCUACCUUAAUUGAAGAUCAAUCGCUUUUACCAUUGUAUCAUAUUUUUAAUGAAUUAUUUUCUAUGCCCAUGAAUGAUAGUGAUGUUAUCCCAAAUAAACUGCUAUCAUAUGAAGAUGUAGUUACGCAAUUGAAAACAGAUACAGUUGAUUAUCAUAUAUCUCUUGGGGUUCAGGGUACAGCUUCAGAUCUAAUUGAUUUUAGAUUGAGAUGCAAAGUCGACAAAUACGAGGAGGCUGUUGCAUGGAUUAAACAUUGUCUUUUUGAUAUGGUAUUCGAUGAAAAUCGUGUAAGCAUUCUACUAGAAAAUUAUGUUAACUCUAUUGUUGAGUUGAAAAGAGAAGGUGAUAUUAUGUUGGACUCUUUGAUGAAUAGAAAGUUGUACUCAGAUAGAAGUGUCAAGAAAUCUGUUGACCCUUUGUUCGUGGAGGAAACACUGGAACAAAUAUUAAAUACCAUUGAAGAUGGUCAUUUCGAAAAAGAUGUUUUACCAAAAUUGGAAUCAUUAAGGGUCCAAUUAGUUCAGAAACUGGAUAAAUUCCAAAUCAUAGUGUUAGGUGACAUGAAUACGAUUGGUUCAAAGUUAUUUGCCCCAUGGACAACUUUGGUUGAUUGCAUACAGAAGGGUUCACCUCAAGGUCAUGGAUUGCUAAAUAAAGUGCCAAGUAUCCCAAGAUCACUUGAUACAAUUACAGAAUUAUGUCGUUCUCCAGGUGGGAAAUCUUUUGUCAUAUCUACACCAGCUUCUGAAUCAUCCUACAUGAAUAUCAUUACCUCUGUGCCAUUUAAUUUGAACUUUGAUCAUCCUGACUAUGCUGUUGUUUCUCUGGCUUCUGAGUACUUACAAUGUGUGGAGGGACCAUUUUGGAAAGGAAUUCGUGGGUCAGGACUUGCUUACGGUGCCAAUAUGGUGAAAAUGGUCCAGAUUAAUUGUUGGGGAUUUAACAUUUACAGAGGAUCUGAUAUCAUCAAAUGUUAUGAAACAGGGAAGCAAAUUGUGGAAGGGUAUGCCAAUGGUACUGUUAAAUUUGAGGAGCAACUAAUUCUUGGUGCUAUUAGCAGCAUUAUUAAUAGAAUCGCUACUGUAGAGAGUGGCUAUGUAGCAGUAGCAAUGUCAAAAUUUGUAGAUGAUAUUUUGUUGAGAAGAGGUCCCGAAUUUAACCAAAAAUUCCUUACAAGAUUAAAUGAUGUGACUGUCAAAGAUUUACAACGGGUGAUGCAGAAAUACUUUGUCAACCUAUUUGAUAAGGAGAAGAGUGCAGUAUUUGUCAGCUGUCAUCCAACCAAAGUCGAGUCUAUUAAUGGAUUCUUAGAACAACAAGGGUUCGAAGUCGAGAUUGAGGAAUUGGACGAAGACGAGGAUUCUGAAGGCGAAGACGACUGA